AUGGCAGACUCAGGAAAGGGAAAAGGGAGGGCAGUUGAAAACAAUCCACCAACAGCAUCUAGAAGUGGCUCUGCCGGCGCUGUUGCAGCUGCCUCACCACCCCCGGAGGCUCCCGCUGCUUCCAGCACCCCUCAAGCUUCGGCAGGUUCAGCGCAAGCACCGCUCCCCUCUGAAAAUGAGGGUCCCGCUGCAUCAGCCCAACAGGUGAAUCCUCAUGUUGUCGUUGACAACGACGAUACAGACUCAGCACUGGGUGAUGAUGAUGCGAUAAGUGACACGACCUCGAUCGCGUCUACCAUCCACAGGGGCCGCUUCGAAAAUGGGCGUCGCUAUCACAAGUUCCGCGAGGGCGAGAAUGACUACUGGGGUCCUAACGACGAGGUGCAAAACGAUCAGCUCGACAUUGCACACCACAUGUUCCUCAUCCUACUAGGCCAAAAAUUACACCUAGCACCCGUCAAAGACCCAAAGAGAAUCCUAGAUCUCGGCUGCGGAACAGGAAUCUGGUGCAUGGAUAUGGCUGACGAAUACCCCGGCGCCGAAAUCCUCGGAGUAGACCUCUCCCCCAUCCAACCCCAAUUCACGCCUCCGAACUGUAAAUUCGAAAUCGACGACGUAACACUCCCCUGGACGUACUCGCAACGCUUCGAUUUCAUCAACAUCCGCGGUCUCUACGGCUCCAUUCGUUCCUGGCCUGCGCUCUACGAGCAAAUCUACAACGGCCUUGAACCCGGCGGCUACCUGCACCACAUGGAAAUGAGCAUCCAGCUCAAAUCCGACGACGGCACGCUCAAACCCGAUCACGUGAUGUCACAGUGGUCGGACAUCUUCCAUGAGGCGUCCAAGCGCUUCGGCAAGUCGUUUUAUGAGGUCUGGAAUCUGACUGGCCGGCGGAUCCGCACAUGA